AUGAGAACCGAAGCUUACAAACUCACGGCGACGGAAGUCAUCGCCAAAGUUCGAGACGGCAAACUGUCAGUAGAAGCGUAUGCGGAGUCACUACUAGCACGCAUCAAAGAACGUGAUCCGGUCGUUAAAGGAUGGGUUUAUCUCAAUCCUGAGCAAGUCCUAUCUGAAGCUAGAAGGCUUGAUCAAAUCCCCAAGGAGAGCCGCGGGCCACUUCAUGGUGUGGCAGUGGGAGUCAAGGAUGUCAUCUACACGAAAGAUAUGCCUACUCAGUUCAACUCUCCCAUAUACGAGGGAGAUGCUCCCCAAGUCGAUGCAGCUAGUAUCAUCAUCUUACGCAAAGCUGGUGCCCUGAUUCUGGGUAAAACCACCACGACAGAGUUUGCAGCUACCACCCAAGGACCGGCUACAACAAACCCACACGAUAGUUCUCGUACGCCUGGAGGCUCAUCAUCAGGAUCAGGUGCAGUGGUUGGUGACUUCCAAGUCCCCAUCGCUCUUGGCACACAGACUGGAGGAAGCAUUAUUCGUCCGGCUUCUUUCAACGGCAUCUACGGUUUCAAGCCAACUUGGAACUCCAUCUCGAGGGAGGGCCAGAAGAUGUUCUCAAUCAUCAACGAUACUCUGGGUUUUUAUGCCCGCAGCGUGGCUGAUUUGAACCUACUGGCCGAUGUCUUUGCUCUGGAGGAUGAUCAACUUACCGACCAACCCGUCUUGCUUAAGGGACUUAAGAUAGGUAUCUGCAAGACAAUGGUAUGGCCCCAAGCAGGCUAUGGUCUCGUUAAUGCGAUGAUCAAAGCUAUUGAGCUCCUUCGCUCGAAUGGUGCCACAGUGACCGAGAUUGAGUUUCCAGAUCAUCUGCAAGAUUUGCCCGAGUGGUACUCCACCAUUCUCAGCUCUGACGGAAGAACUGCAUUUUUACCCGAAUACAGACUCGAUAAGAGCCUUAUCUCCAAUAAAAUUGUCGGUCACGUCGAGAACCACAACAAGAUUUCUAGAGCUGCGCAGCUCAAGGCUUUCGACAACGUUGCGGCAGCGAGACCUGUGGUGGAUGAAAUGCUCAGCCAGUAUGAUGCUGUCUUGACACCGAGCGUACCAGAUGAAGCGCCCGAAGGUAUAGAAUCUACUGGAAGCGCAGCAUUCUGUCAGAUAUGGACUGUCCUACACAAUCCAGUAAUUAACCUUCCCGGAUUUAGGGGGUACAAUGGGUUGCCAAUAGGACUAUCACUCGUUGCGCCUAGAUACCAUGACAGAAAGCUUCUUGCAGUGAGUGAAGUUGUGGGGGUUGGCAGAAUUGGUCUUUAUAAAUUACAAAGUCGAAAGCACAACUUCAGCCAACUUGCAACUGCAACUUUCAGUCAUUCUACAACACCUCUGUUUCACCAAAGCAAAUUUCAGGAUCGUUUUUUAAAAUCUCACAAUAUGGGAAUGAACGUGUCGAGAUAUGACAUCGGCCCUGAUGGGCGUGUCAGAGUAUACAAUAUAAUGGAUCAUCCGCCGAUGUCCAGAUUUACCGACACUUUGCCACCCAUGUAUCGUUUGUAUCCGAACGACAUUGAGUACAAGAGGUUGGCGCAGCUCUUCAAUGAUAACUGGCAACACGAUGACAAAAAGGCGACUAUCAACGGGAUCUUCAAGUGCAGGCCUGAAGAACUCGGAAAAUCCAAACAGAUGCAUGCUUUCACAAAGUAUUUGAAUAUAACUGGUACAACUGUCGAGGCUGCAAAAUGGCAUUUCCACUGCACCUCGCGAAAGUGCAACUUUGACGAGAGUGUGGACGACGAUCGCCUGCUACAAUGUGAUGAUGCAGACACAUGCGCGUUUUGCAGCAUCCUUCGUGAAUCCCUCAGCAUGACAUACGCUAGUCAGGGAGGGUGGUUCGGGGCCGGUAUUUACUCGUCUAACAUAGCCUCAAAAGCGGACAAGUUUUCCCAUGACCCCGAUGGAAAGUACCAUACCGGUCUCCACGCUGUUAUCGUCUGCAGGGUCAUCGUCGGACGGGUGCAGUGGACGAAAAAGAAGCUGGUCGGAGUGUCAGGACCGAAGCCAGGUUUUCACAGUAUUCAAGCAGUUACGAAGAAACGCGGCGGACCGGUGUACUUCCCAGAAACAGUCGUCUUCCGCGACGAGGCCAUUCUGCCUGUGGCCGUCAUUACCUACAACAAGACGCAGUGGAACCUACGAACCGGGCGAGUUAUGUACUAG